AUGUUUCGGCGAAAUUGUUUUGGCGCUGGAUUGUUCGACACAAAUGGCAUUGCCCUGAAGGAUGUCCCGCUUAAAGAGAUAUCCGUUCAUGCCGACGUGCACAACCUGGUGGCUGAUGUUACUUGUAAACUCGUCUACAAAAAUGACUCCAAGGAUUUGGUUGAGACACAGUUCGUCUUUCCAAUUGACGCGGAUGCUGCUAUUUACCAUUUUGAGGCAGAGAUUGGUAAAACGCGUAUUGUGGCAAAGUGUCGAGAACGGAUUGAGGCCAAGGAAACGUACCAGGAAGCUGUGGAUGCCGGCCAUACAGCUUUCUAUAUGGAGGAAGACGAAUUCAUGGGUGACACCUUUGCGAUGAAAGUCGGAAAUAUUCCCCCGACGGAGACGGCAGUUAUAAAAUUGCGCUACUUCUGCCAGCUUCAAGCGCGGGACGUUACUGAUGACUCCGGUGACCGCACGGUGGCUAUUUUCGUGCUUCCUUCUGUCCUCAAUCCACGUUAUACGCCACCAACUUCUGAAACCGAUCGGCAGUUUGGCCCUCCAAGUGCGAUCCCACUGUGCAAGGUGAACGUACCCUAUACAUUUUCAUUCUCAGCAAGUCUGACUUCUCAAUGUGCAAUAAUGGGGGUAACAUCUGCGAAGGACGUCUUUCAAUUGCACUAUCAAGGAGAAGAAAAAAAGGCGGCAAAGAUAACAUUGCAAAGUGAUUUCAAGUUUGACCACGAUCUGGAAAUGGAGAUCGUGUUUGCUGAUCCGACCAAAUUGAUGGUCACCUACGAGGAAGGUGAUUUAAAGGUUGGAAGCGGAAUUCUCGCCCUCGACUCUCUGACUGUGAACUUCUUGCCACAGUUUAAGGACGACACUGACGCACGCAAUGAGGUCGUUUUUCUAAUUGAUCGCUCCGGUGAGGAUACAUGUUUUCGUCUAUGCAGGAGUAAAAAUGCUUAA